CACGUAUCUAACCCGAAUAAAAGCUCGAUGGUCUAUAAACCUACAUACAGCUAGCGAGUCUGUAGCCAAUCAGCAUUUAGAAGCUCGUAUUUUGGACGGGAAGGAUGCAUAUUGAUCAUACGGAGGAUUCGUCCUUGCAGUGGAUACUACAACGGCAUAUGGGGAGAACUACAUGAUAAAAAGGCGCAAAGGAAGAUGGUUGCAUUCCUAAAUUAUGAUCAUAUCCUUGGCGAUCCAUGGCCUUACGGCAAAGAUUCCAGCAAAUGCCCCUACCAGCAAGCACUCGCCUUUCCUGAUUGCUUCGUGUUUUACCAACCAUAGAAUUUCGAGCAAUAGUUAUUUUCGAAGAGUUCUUCUCCUUGUGAUUGCAUCACUUAUAUGCCACAAUUGUGCAUUUCCUAGGACUUCAUCAUGUCAGCUCUAAAACGCCUAUCCGCCGCUCUUCGGGAUCUUGACUUUGACUCUUUUCCAAAUGAGGACGAGCGGUCGCGAGCGGAAGAUCUAAUUGUUGAUGCUUUAGUAAGAGUAAGAAAACCCUGGGAUAUCGCGUGGAAUCAUAACUGGGUAAAUCCAUGCACCAAUGCUGCCACCAAGACUCUCAUCGACGCCGGCGUCUUUAAGAAAUGGGUAGAAAAUGGAAGUAAGCCACAAACGAGCGUCGAGCUUGCUAGACUUACGGAUACAGAUCCUACGCUUAUCAAACGAAUUGUGAGGCAACUCGCAGCGCAGCAUCUUCUCAUAGAGACGGCGGAAGACACAUAUUCGCCUACUCCAUGGGCAACGACCCUAGGAACUGACCCCUCCUUUCCAGCCUUAUAUGGGGCGCUAUACCAUGAUAUAACCACAGUAGUGUUUGGCGGGAUGCCACCAUUUCUGAAAAAGACGGGAUACAAGAAUCCAGUUGACGAUAAGAAUGGUGUCAUACAACACGUGAAAGGAUCUGACGCUUCAUUUUUCGGGUACAUCGUAGCAGACCCAGUGCGCAAUAAGGAGUUCACGCAUGCGAUGGAGUGCCAUUCGAAAGGGAACAUGGUGGCCUGGCCGGAUGUGUAUCCCUCGGAUACGCUCAUAAAAGAUGCUAAGCCGGGUCGAGCGUUGGUAGUUGAUAUUGGUGGAAGCAAGGGUCACGACUUGGAGAAGUUCCUGCUUAAGCAUCCAGACAUUCCAGAGGGUAGUCUCGUGUUGCAAGACCUUCCUGGAGUUCUCCAAGACGUGCAAGUAAGCAACAAGAUUAUUUCAAAGCACCCGUAUGACUUCUUCACUCCGCAGCCCAUCAAAGGCGCCAGAGCGUAUUUCCUACAUACCGUCCUCCACGACUGGCCAGACGACAGUGCAGCGGAGAUUUUGAAAGUCAUCGCUGCUGCUAUGGAAAAAGGAUACUCGAAAGUGUUGAUCCACGAAUGCAUGGUCGAAAAUAUCAAGCCGUCACCGCGUACAACUACAUCCGACUUGACGAUGUUGGCAUGUACGUCUUCAGCGGAGAGGACGGUAAAGGAGUGGGGUGAUCUCCUCAGUAGUGUUGGAUUAAGGAUAGUUAAUAUUUGGAAACAGCCGGCAGCUAUGGAGGGUGUUAUUGAAGCAGAAUUGGUCUAACACGGAACGAAUUCAAGCGAUUCGAGACUCUAAUAGCAGCGGCCUAUGAGAACAGGGAUCAUCUUUGCAAGAAAGCUCAAGUAACUUGGGAGUAAUACCAUCACCCAUGAUUAGAUUCCUCUAGCCCAGCGUGAUAAUUGGAGGUCUAUUCUGAAGGAGGGAUAGGUUGUUGGAGAUCUGGACCUAUCAGGUAUGUAGACCGGAUAGAUGUUCUAGGCAGUAGG